AUGAGCACCAUGUUCGCCGACCCCCUCCUCAUCGCCUGGGUCUCAGUAGCACAGUCCUUGUUUGUUUCAGGUAUAACUUGGGUGCUGGUGUAUCGAACAGACAAGUACAAGAGGUUAAAGGCUGAAGUGGAGAAGCAGAGCAAGAAAUUGGAAAAGAAGAAAGAAACAAUAACUGAAUCAGCAGGUCGACAGCAGAAGAAGAAAAUAGAGAGACAAGAAGAGAAACUCAAGAAUAACAACAGAGACUUGUCAAUGGUUCGGAUGAAAUCCAUGUUUGCCAUUGGCUUCUGUUUCACUGCCUUGAUGGGAAUGUUUAACUCCAUAUUUGAUGGCCGAGUGGUGGCAAAGCUUCCGUUUAUCCCCCUCUCCUACAUUCAGGGUCUCUCCCACCGCAACCUUCUGGGUGAGGAUUACACUGACUGCUCCUUCAUCUUCCUCUACAUCCUCUGCACAAUGUCAAUCAGGCAGAACAUCCAGAAGAUGCUGGGUCUUGCUCCUUCCCGGGCUGCCACCAAGCAAGCAGGAGGCUUCCUUGGCCCACCACCUCAGGCAGGGAAGUUCUCCUAAAGCACAGAUACAGCCUUCACAGGAGGUCUGGCCAGUGCACAGGACUGCCUUUGGGAGGUGUCUGGAUGGGAUUCUGCACCAGGCUUCAUGUGUCCAAAACCAGCCUAUGCAGUAUUGACCAUGAACUUGGAAACAUCUUCCAUACAGAGUAUUCCACCAGUGGCUGUUUGCUCAUCAAACCAAGGAAGUUCUCAGAAGAUAACUUGACCUUUUUUUUUUUUUUUUUUUCCUCUGGUGUUUCUGAGAAAUAAAUGGCAUGGGCAUGUU